CUGGUUGACAAAAUUGAGCUGCCGUUUCCGUACAAGUAGUUCGAGUAGUUAUCAGUUCAUCAUACUAGACGUAUCACAGACACGUGAUGCAACUUGCAUCACGAUGUGCCUAGAAGUCCCCGUGCAUUUCAGCGGUCUUUCGUGGCUUUUUUUAAUAUCUUAUAAGCCGGCAUGUUGCUUUGACCUUUCUCAUUUUUAAUGGGAGAGCACUUCUGUUAUUUGUCAAUCAUUUCAAAGAAGAGCAGUUGUCGGCAGGUUAAUUUGGACUUUCCGUUCGCUUAUCAGAUCUCGUGUAGCUCGAGUUCCUCUUCUUAAUUGUUUAUAUUUCUGAGCAACGGCAUUUUAACACAUCUGUCGUGUUUGACUAGGGAUGGAUGGAAACGGUAUAAUGUAAAGCAGACAUGUUUGGUUUUCGUAUGCAUUCUCAGAAACAGCGAAGCAGACGAUGCAAUUCCAGGCAAUAGCGGGUGUUUUUUCACGUUGUCUGGUUAUCACUCUAAGUUUCGCUACAGUCAUUCCGUUCGGAAGAGUCAUCAGUCAGUUGGGAGACAAUUGUAUCUUAUUUGCAAGACCUGAACUUCUCUCUGCUAACGGGUCGGCCAUCGUUGGACUGGAAAAAACGAAAUGGGGAUCCAUGAGUUGGUGCGAAUACUGCACAUACGCCAUCAUCUUCGACAUCAUCGUUUCUGUCAUCAGCUGCUGGUUCAUUUUUGUCUUCUUUAGGCGUGGUGACUAUAACAGACACAAGGUUUGUCUGACCGUUCCUAUGCUGAUCCUAGAGGUUUGUCUGUUCGGGUUCUCGCUGGCGGCGGCCGUAGUCAGAGAAGUAGGAUUCCGUGCUUGGUGUAAUACACUGCAGACCGAACUAGGAUGGGCACACUGUAAUGAACAUUCUGUGGUGUUAGAGUCGAAUCCAAAGAGGGAGAAAAUUAUAUUUGUACCAAUGCACAUAUCAGUUAUUUGUAAUUGGUGUCUCUGCGUCGUAGUGUUUUUUCAGCUAAUAGCGACAGUUGUGGCGUGUGUUCAAGUGAACAAGGUUCCGGACUCCAAACAGUUAAAUAACAAUGGAACGUCCUUGCUCCCCGACAGUAAAACCAAACCACCUAUGAGACAUGUGAAGCAGGGUGAAGAACGACAGGUGGAACAGAACGAACCGCAUUUCUCUAAAACCACCUCAGCUGCGGAGGCUGAUAGGACUUAUUAGCCUGAAGGAGAGAAAACCGCUAUAAAUAUACAAGACACUACUGCAUGAAUUCUAAAUAUAUGUGGUAACUGAAUAUUAAAAAAAACGCACGUGGCAGUUUUGAUGUCAGACUUACAUUUUGGUAUGAGGAUCUCUACAAAUCUCUACAAUCCAAAUAGAUAUGUAAAAAGAAUAUGUAAACAAUCUAUAGUCAAGUGCCUGUACAAUGGGUACAUAUUAGGGAGAAAUGCACCGUCCUUAAACGAAUGUUAGUGGAUGUGGGAGGAGCGUUCAAUUCGUGCGUCAU